GUGUUGGCCAUUCUACUGCCAAUGUUUGUCUUUGGAGAUUGCUGUGUGCUCGAUGUUAUACACCUGUCAGCAACGGGUGUGGGUGAAAUAGCCGAAUCCACUAAUUUGAAGGGGUUGUGUAGUUGUUCGUAAUUUUAAGAGUAAUACAGACAGCAGAACUUCAUGCUACUGAGACAUUUUACAAGACAAGGCUGAAACUUCUAGGCUAGCCUACUUCCUUAACUGUGUGUAUGGGGCGGGUACCUGUCCUGAGCGAACGGGACAGCAGACCGCAUGAGACCGCACCACACACCACAGGAAAAAAAAGAGAGAAGAGGUUUCAAACUUUUAUCAAGGCAGGGUCAUGAUAAACACGGCAGAGUAUGGCAACAUGUCGUGGGAGCUGUCAGUACAGGUGGACCAGAGAGAUGGAGACGAGGGUAUGAGGUUUAAAUUCAGAGUCAAGGGAGACCUGCACAUUGGAGGACUCAUGCUCAAACUGGUGGAGAAGAUCAAGGCCCCUCAGGACUGGUCAGACCAUGCUCUGUGGUGGGAGCAGAGGAGUUGUUGGCUGCUGAAGACCCACUGGACCCUGGACAAGUACGGUGUCCAGGCAGACGCUGACCUGCGAUACACUCCCCAGCACAAACCCCUGUGCCUGCAGCUGCCCAACAUGAAGACGGUCAAACUCACCGUCAGCUACUCUGCCGUCGUCUUCAAGACCGUCGUAAAGAUCUGCAGAGCACUCAACAUCAGGAGGCCAGAGGAGCUGUCCCUGCUGAAGCCUCCAGAUAACCCGUCCAAGAAGAAGAAGAUGAAGAAAGACAAGAACCCAGCGCUGGAAGACAUCUUAGAUAUGGACAUCUUCAAUGGAGGCUCUGGGGGAACAGGCAGUCCCUUGUACAGUAAGACCAUGGUGCCCACCUAUGACCCAGAGAACGGGACUCCAGCCUCGGCCACCAGCUUAUGGUUUGGGGACAACCCCCUGACCUCCAGCCAGCCCAACCUGCCCCCUGUAGAGCUGGCCAAGAUGUACCAGCAGUUGUCCAUGGUGGACAAAGCCAUCAUCAACGCAGGGUGGCUGGACUCCUCCCGCUCCUUGAUGGAACAGGGCAUCGGAGAACAUGACAGAUUGCAGCUACGCUUCAAAUACCACUGCUUCUUCGACCUCAACCCAAAGUAUGAUGCUGUGAGGAUAACCCAGCUGUAUGAGCAGGCUCGCUGGUCCAUCCUACUGGAGGAGAUCAACUGCACUGAGGAGGAGAUGCUCAUGUUCGCCUCCUUACAGUAUCACAUAUGUAAGAUGAGCAUUUCCACGGAACCUCUGGACUUCUCCAAUGAACCGGAGAUAGAUGAAGUAGAGGCUGCCUUAUCCAAUCUAGAGGUCACACUUGGAGGAAAAACAGACAGAAUAUUGGAAGACAUCACAGACGUUCCAAAGCUGGCAGACUUCCUUAAGCUGUUCAGGCCUAAAAGGCUGGCAUUGCGUUCGUAUAAGGAGUACUGGUUCGUGUUUAAAGACACCACCGUCUCCUACUACAAGAACAAAGAGGCAGCUAGUGGAGAGCCCAUAGAACAGCUGCAUCUCAGAGGAUGUGAGGUGGUCCCUGACGUCAAUGUGACGGACAAGAAGUUUGGCAUCAAGCUGCUGCUCCCAGUGGCUGAUGGGAUGAGCGAGGUCUACAUCCGCUGUGACAACGAGACGCAGUAUGCCAAGUGGAAGGCAGCAUGUACUCUGGCCUCCAAGGGCAAGACCAUGGCUUACAGCUCCUACAGGUCGGAGGUGAAGAACAUCCAGUCCUUCCUGCAAAUGAAGAGUCUGGCGCCCCCCCCUGGUCAGUCUGCUCCAGACCUGGAAGCCAUGGAGAUGAACGCUGAGUGCUUUGUCUCUCCUAGAUACACCAAGAGGUACAAGACCAAACAGCUGACAGCGAGGAUCCUGGAGGCCCAUCAGAACAUUGCCAGUCUCUCUCUCAAUGAAGCUAAAAUGCGCUUCAUCCAUGCCUGGCAGUCCCUGGCUGAGUUUGGUAUCAAAUACUACAUUGUCAGGUUCCGAGGCAGUAAGAAGGAUGAGCUGAUGGGUAUCUCCUAUAACCGUCUGAUCCGUAUUGACAUGUCCACUGGCCUGCCUGUCACCACCUGGAGAUUUGCCAACAUGAAACAGUGGAAUGUCAACUGGAAGAUCAGACAGGUGGCCAUAGAGUUUGACCAGAAUGUGUCGAUAGCCUUCUCCUGUGUGAGCUGUGACUGUAAAGUGGUCCAUGAGUACAUAGGAGGAUACAUCUUCCUCUCAACACGCUCCAAAGACCAGAACGAGACACUGGAUGAGGAACUCUUCCACAAACUCACUGGAGGGCAGGAAUGAACCCGGCACAUCAGCUUUCACUUAGUGCUGCUGGCAAGAAAUAAUUUAAAUAUAUUGUUGAUAUGGUUAAGCAGACUACAUCAACUAUUUGUUCAUAUUGUAAAUUGCAGAGAAAAGUAGAAUGUCUUUGUCACUAUAUUUAAUCCCGAGACCAUCUCUACAGGAUGGGUAGACCAUCUCUACAAGGCCACUUUGUCUGACGGUUAGGCCUGGCCUACUGCUUUGAUUGCAUGGUCCAUCUGCAGAGACAGCAAUUAAUUCAGCACAUGGGCUGUACAUCUUGUCACUUAUUUGACUUGGUGUAGCCCAGUCUUUCAAUUCAAUGUCGUAGGCUACUUUCACAAACAAUAUAUGUUCAUUGCCCUGUUUUAUACAUAUUACUUGGAUGAUGUUUUAGAAUGUAACUUUUUUGCAAUUUUAUUACAAGUCCAAAAUAUAUUUCUGAGAUAGUUCUGGUGGUGGAUUAUUAUCGUGUUGAAUGAGACAUUUGUUUUCAGAGAAAACACUGGAAUUUCUGCUGACUGAGAUGCACUGAAAUAAUGAUCUAGGUGGGGGCCACAGAAAAUCCCAUUGCGACCAAAACAUCUUAGUGGUCCCCCUAUUCACAGAGGAGAUAUAUAUAUAUUUUUACGUUUUAGAGUACAUUUUGUGCAAAUCUACACAUUUUAUCAUGGGGUGUAGAGCAAAUGUUGCCGUUUGCUGCAAUGCUACACAUUUUGUCAAAAUCAAUGGAGGGCCCCCGGCUGGUAAUUUGGCCAUGAUAAUAAGUCUAUAUAGCAGGCCGCUAAACUUACUUGGCAAUCUAAAAAUGUUUUGCUGACAUGGGCUAAUCACUGACUGAGAUAACAAUAGUAAAACUGCUGAUGCACAACCACAUUUGCACCUUGUGUAGUCUACUUUUUUGGGGGGGGUGGGAUUGAUCCGAGGGCCUUCAAAAGAGGGGCCGCCAGUUGCCCGUCCCUGGUGUAGGGAAUCAUUGUAAAAUUAUUUUUUACAGAUGUUUUAAGCUGGUGGACCAAAACCGAAAGUAAAAGGCUCAAGAGUGAGUCUCUGCCAUGUUACAGGGGAAUGUGGUUUAAUGUGUGGUUUAAAUGCUGCCUUGUGCCAUUGCAAUUCACCUAGCUUCCACAUAGGGCAGAAAUUGUAUGUGUAGCAUCAUUAAUAUAAUGUUUGUCAU